CAACAUCUGAAUCAAAUUCACUCACUCUUCAGUCCAUAUCUGCUUGUAUCUGCUUGUAUCGGAUGGCGUCCGUUGCAGACAAGAUUGCCGCUGCCAACGCAUUGCGACUGGCUGGAAACGAACUCUUCCAGCAGAACGACCUGCAUCGCGCCGCACGCAAGUACCACGAGGCCAUUCUCACAGUGAAGGGACUCGACGCAAAGGGCGGCUUUGCAAGCUUGCUCGGCGUGCCGGGCGUCCCGGCGUUGUCAGCCGAUUACACCAGCGCCAUCAACGAGAUGCUCAUCAACUGCUACUCCAAUCUCACAGUGUGUGCAUCAAAGUCCAUGCGGUGGGAAAAGUGCAUCCAAUACUGCGACAAGAUUAUCGCAUUGGACAAGUCACACACUAAGGCACACUUUCGACGCGGCCAGGCACACUUGCGACUCGGGUUUCUCGACCGAGCCGAGCGCGACUUGAAAGUUGCAGCAGCAAAUGAACCGAAUGAUUCCGCCAUCCAACGAGAGCUGCAGCUGCUCCACGAGCGUCAAAAAGAAGCGGAUCGUGAGCAGAAGGCCUUCUAUUCCGACAUGUUCCAACGCAUGAAGCUGUCCAACGACAGUCAGCAGCAGCCAAUGCAGACCGACAACUCGGAAUCUCAAUAAACGCGCGGACCUCCUCCGCAGUGACAUUUCUA